GGUGAUGGAGAGCAACGGGUGUCCGGGGUACGCAUGGCGAGUGCAGGCCACGCUGUACUCGCCCCUGCAGCAGGCGCUCUCCUUCGCCGUGCCGCUCGCCCCCACGCUCGCCGCCUCCGCCACGCCCGUGGCCCUCAGCGGCACGUGCAAGAUGGGGCCCAUUGGCUUCGCCCUCAACGGCGUGCCCUUCUACAGGUCCGCGGGAAGGGGGGCGACACGUGGAGGGAAGGGGGGAGAGGUGGAGGGAAGGGGGGAGAGGUGGAGGGAAGGGGGGAGAGGUGGAGGGAAGGGGGGAGAGGUGGAGGGAAGGGGGAGACG